AUGGUAAGAGAGAACCAGUCAACAGCCAUAGAAUUCCUGCUCCUGGGACUUGCUGGGCAGUCAAAGCAAGAAAAGGUUGUCUUUGGGCUGUUCUUGUGGAUGUACUUGAUCACCGUCUCUGGGAACCUUCUCAUCAUCCUGGCCAUCAGCUGUGACCCUCGUCUCCACACACCCAUGUACUUCUUCUUGGCCAACCUCUCCAGUGUUGACAUCUGCUUUUCCUCAGUCACCAUCCCCAAGGCUCUGGUGAACCAUGCGUUGGGAAGCAAGACCAUCUCUUACACAGAAUGUAUGAUCCAGAUCUAUUUCUUCAUCACAUUCAUCAACAUGGAUGGCUUCCUCCUGAGUGUGAUGGCCUAUGACCGCUAUGUGGCCAUCUGUCACCCUCUCCACUACACCAUGAUGAUGAGGCCCAGACUCUGUGUCCUCCUGGUGGCCAUAUCAUGGGUCAUCACAAACCUGCAUGCUCUCUUGCACACUCUCCUCAUGGUUCGACUCACCUUCUGUUCCCACAAUGCAGUGCGCCACUUCUUCUGUGACCCCUAUCCUAUCCUGAAGCUCUCUUGUUCUGACACCUUCAUCAAUGACAUCACAGCCUUCACUGUGGGUGGACUGACCUCUAUCACACCAUUCACAUGUAUCACUGUUUCAUAUGCCUAUAUUCUCUCCAAUGUACUGAAGUUUCCAUCUAUUCAGGGGAUAAGGAAAGCCUUGUCCACGUGUGGUUCUCACCUCACUGUGGUCUCCCUCUUCUAUGGGGCGAUCCUGGGGGUCUAUAUGCAUCCCUCAUCUACAUAUUCAGUACAGGACACUGUGGCCACUGCUUUUUUCACAGUGGUGACACCCAUGGUCAAUCCCUUUAUCUACAGCCUGAGGAAUCAUGAUGUCAAAGAAGCCCUAAGGAAACUCAUGUGUAGGAGACUCAUUUCUUUAAGAUUUUACAACUAG